AUGGUAUCUGCUUCUUCUGGAGUGAUGAUAAAAGCAGGAUCAGUGGGAACAAGAGCAACAUAUGACGAGCCAUAUGACGAGAAUGGGGAGGAGACAGCUGAUACUGAAUGGGACGAGAAGGGACGCAACAUCAUCUCUCACAUAUACGUUUCUUACAACACCUUCAUAACAUCUAUUCAGUUUGGUUACUUGAAUAGCGAAGACGAUGAAGCUCUGACCCUGUCUACGGAGUUUGGUCUCUCUGAGGGACACCGUCAGGGACACAGCUUUCGAGCUGUCAUACAGAAAGAAGAUGAAUAUGUGACUGGUUUGAGUGGAGUACAUGGAUAUGGAGUGCAUGAAGGGAUAAGAAGUUUAACAUUCCACACUAACUGUGGGGAGCAUGGACCUGUUGGAAGUGUUCACGAGUACUCUGCGACUGGAUUUAAGAUAGAUUGAUCCAGGGAUACGUGAUAGACGCGAGUUUGGGGGUUUCUUCGGGUCUUACAGCAAGAGUAAUCUCUCAUCGAUUGGUAUCUA